CUACGCGGGUCACCAUCCAUCCUCUCAGUUGUUAGUGGUUCUUCUAUAAGAUGCCUCCCUCUCCUCUGUUUGUCCUCAACAGAGGAAGAUCUCUUCCUCUCUUCUCUCGCUAAAUGCUUCCUCUCUGAAACUCUUUAGACCCCGCAGCAGUACAAGAUCGUAAGCAAAAACAAUGAUUUUGAGAAGCUCCUCCACGCCAAUACUCAACUCAUGGCUUCCUCACUCGAGGGACUCUGCACCAGAACUCGACCUCCAGGCGCUUCAUCACCCAAGAACCAGAUCGCUGUCGUUAACGACGCAGCUUUUCCCCUCUCCACCUCACUCUGAUGAACCCACCAAGAAAGUGGUAGCAUCCACCAAGCCACAAGCCUUGGCUGAGGCCAAAGCCCAAGACCCUCCAAAGCUCAGUAAGAAGAAGAUCAACCUCCCUCAGAGCCAUAACAAUGUCGAACCAACCAAAGCUCGAUCUUCUUCCAUGAGAAACGAUGAGGAUCAAGAAGACGCAAAACCCAACUCAAGAACAGGGCCUUCUUCGCUGAGGAGGCUGCUUUCAAGUUCUGGGCUUGAUGGGGCUGUUCUUGUUGAAGAGGAUUGUGAUGUGGUGAAGAAAGAGGGUGAUGGGCUUCAGACCCUGGUUGUGGGUGGUGGAAUGGGAAGCGGCGGGAGCAGCGGAAUUUGCGGCGGUGGCGGUGAUGGUGGUGGCAGAGGAGGAUCGGACAGCCGAGAUGGAGGGUUUGGAUUCUACGAGAAUAACAAGAAUCCUGGUAUUGAUAGCACUGAUGCUUAUUACAGGACAAUGAUUGAAGCCAAUCCAGGGAAUGCUCUUUUGCUCGGGAACUAUGCCAAGUUCUUGAAAGAGGUUUGCGGAGAUUUAGCUAAAGCAGAGGAAUACUGUGGCAGAGCGAUUCUGGCUAACCCGAAGGACGCAAACGUCUUGUCCCUCUAUGCAGAUCUUAUAUGGCAGACACACAAGGACACCCAUAGAGCUGAGAGUUAUUUUGAUCAAGCAGUUAAAACUGCACCUGAUGAUAGUUAUGUCCUGGCUUCUUAUGCCAAAUUUCUGUGGGAUGUUGAGGAGGAAGAAGAGGAGGAGGAUGAACAUGGCAACACUUAUCCAACUGAUUUCUUUCAAGAAGCUCCUCACCACCACCCUCUCACUGCAACUUCUUAAAUAAUCCCCUCCUACUUGCUUGGAGACAAAGCAAAA